AUGAUCGCUGGCAAGUCAAUGUCAAGUCCAACCUGUUCCGUGAUCACCGUCGAUGACUCUAACGACGAAGAUCUAGCUAUUGUACAGAAUCAAAAUGAUACUGGAAUCUUGUCCCACGAAUCAGAAUCCAAUUGCUCGAAUCAGGCUAAAAAAUUAUGUGAGGAGCUGCCGGCAAAGGUCUUGAACUCUGAUAGAUUGGAGAUUGAAGGAGAACCUUCUGACAGUGCGGAAGAUACUAUUAACGAGUCAGCACCUCAUGGAAAGCUAAAUGUGAAGCGAAAUUCAGCGCAGCAUGUUAAAGUCACUUUGGAUUCGGGGACUGAUAUGACAGGGAACAUGAAUCAGCUGAAAUUUGCUGACAGCUGUGGGCGCAUGUAUGCGGAUGCCAUGUCUUUUAGUGAGCUGCAAGCUCAGCAACUUGAAUUUGAGAGGCUUCAGGCAAAAGCGCAACGUGGAUCGACAAGUUUGCGUCAAGCGACAAUAGGCAUCAAACGUAAGGCACAUGUAGCUGAUUCGAGAUCCCACAGCUCGCAGAAGUCUCGGUUGCAGAAUUCAAUAUUGAAGAAAACAGUGGAUCGGUGUCCAUUUGACUUUGACUCCUGUGAGUCAAGUGAUAGUCUGUCGUCGUCAUCUUCGAUUCCGGCUAUGAAUGGCACUGAUGCUGGUGUCACAAGACGUAAAAACAAGGUGCUAUUGUCCAAUGAUUUGGUGGUUGAGGAGCGUAAGCUUGCCCCCUCGCGCAGGAAAAGUCAUCUAAGAGCCAAUGAAGCUGCACCUCCAAAGAGAAAAAAUAAAGAUGUAAUGACAUUGAAGCAAAACCCAGAAAACACGACAUCAACAUUGUUCAAAACGGCCGCAAUGAACUUACCUUUGUCUUCAUUAGAUGGAAGUCAGGGCAUUGACAUCAUUGACGGAACUGGUUGGUCUGAAUCAGAGCUUGACGAUAAUGAAGUAGUAACAGCCACAAAAUACACUUUAAAAACACCUUCCCAGUGUUCUGAAAACUCGCUCUUAGAGAGAAUCGACAAGCCCGCGGAGUCGUCUGCGCAAUCUGCCACUGGACAUGCCAAAUUUAGUAAGGGCAAAAGCAGCAAGAGAAACAAAGCUAAGCGAGCUCACUCAAGGCUCAAGCUGGAAUACAAGAAAGGGAUUAAGGUGUCUCGAUCGUCGUCUCAAGCGUCAAGUGUGAAUAAUUCUGUCGCUGCACAAGUUGGUCUGGCUUCAACCAAGUUAAAACACCGAAGGAAUGCACGAGAUACGGUAUUACACAGUACAAUCUGGAGAGACCUAUAUUUUGAUUCCUCUCAAAAAACUUUGCUGCCAUUGGAUGUGACUGUUGCACCCCCUUUUGACUCCGAAUUCGAUCAAUCACUGAUAUUCUACGAUACUGACGGUGACUUGGAGAGCAAGUGUGAACUGUUGCCGCAAUUCGAAAUUUCGAUGCCACACUGUGCGUUUGCGUCAGAUCUUAACAAGCCUGAGCAAUCUCUUGCGCAAGAGGACCUAGAAACGCGCAUACUAGAUGUGAUAAAACGCGAAUUACCUAGGCUUCAGGCUUGCUACAAACGAAAAACUGCGGCGGUCCUUGUUGAAGCUCGUUUAAAAGUGCAACAAUAUCUAGCAGCACACAAAAGGCAUCGAAUGCAGUGGCUAACAUCCCGCAUUCAGGGCAAACGUUUGCGUAAAGAUUCUUUGCAAGAAAGAUUUUUAUUGAAUCAAAUGAAGCGACAAAGCCUGACGCAAAAGGUGUCACUGGGGUACACAAACGUAUUGGGUGAGUCAAUAGGUGUUGCUGGAAAGCUCGUCGUUCGAGAUGUCAAUCAGCUUCCAUGCAUUCGACCGUUAAGCAAAAGUACGGCUUACGUCGGCCUGAAAGCUAAUAUUCGUGUAGAAGACGAUCCAGUCUUGCGGUACAAACCCUAUUUCGGAGAAGAUGAUGACGGUACAAAUAUUGAUGAAGCUUGGUAUGAUGCAAUUGAGCCCAAGACGUCUACUCUGUCGAGUGGAUUAGAUAGUGAGGUAAACAAGUUUUUGUUGCGCUUAGUCGUUCGAGAGUUUGGUGCAACUGAAAAGGUGUAUGUUGCGCUCAAAAAAGUGUCUGACCUCACUCAAGCGUACUCAGACUACGCAGAAAUGCAAAAGAUAGAUGCUUCGAUCAGGCUUGCAGCGCGUCGUAUAGAUGAAGCUAAGGAUCUAAUCUCGAAAAAGUCACUAGAAUUUCCGCUGAUGAGGCUGGCAGCGUUAGAACCAGCCUUAAAUGGGACUAGUGAUCGCCAGAAGACCCUACACGAACGCUUUACACCGCCACCAGCGCACUUCGAUUCCAAUUUCGCUAAUAACCAUGCUUAUCGAGGCUAUGGCCUUGGGCUACGCUCGACGAAUGAUUAUUCGGAGUUGCUUGUUACGUAUCGAGACAUGUUGUGCCGAAUGUGUUACGAUUACCAUUGCCUCGAGCACGGCAUUGAGCAUCCACUUCCCUCUCAUCGAGUCGAUCCCUUUAAUCCAUCGCUUCGCUUUUCAGCUGUUGCGCUUGCAGCGAGUCAAAAUCAAGACAACACGGAAGAGCUUAUCCAAUCUUCAAGUAAUUGUGACUCAGCUAUCAGUUCUCCUGUUAGCAUGGAAGUGCCGGGCAGUGGCAAAUACUCAGCUGUAGAUAUUACUGAACACGAGGUCGUGCAAACCGGUGAUGCUGUAGUUGCGGACGUAGUGAUCGAAGAAGAUCUUGAGACUGUGACUUGCGACGAAAAAUUGAUCGCUGCUGAUGUGCUUGAAACUCGUCGGUCUAAUCGUUCUGCGACGAAAAGCAACUCAUUGGCGACCCAAUGUUAUAUAAAACAAAUUGCACAGCCGUUGAAAAGAAAUCCGUCUCGUCCCCCACGCUUGCAAACAUUUCCUAUCGUGGCGGAUAAGUCGGAGUAUCUUGACGAUUCUUAUUUUGAUUAUGUGAGUGCCAUUGUCAAGAAGUCUCUCAAUGCUAAUGAGAGCUGCUCGAUCGACUGCUGGAAAGCCGACAAUUUUGCCAAUGCUGCAGUUGGAUGUGAUGAGCAAAAGAAUCAUGUGAGUGCUGUGAGCGAGACUGAAAUUGUGUUACUUCAAAAGCUUCGAAGGGUAAUCGGUGAGAACCCAUGCAUCAUUUCGUCGAUGGUCAAGUCAACCACGUGUAAAGAGGUGAAGGCAUUUUUGGAGUUCGAUCGGCACACCAACUCUAAUCUGAUCAGUUUGGAUGAUGAAAUUCCACUUUUGCCUGAUGGGCGAUUAAUUCACAAUGGUCGUAAGCGUGGUAGAACACAGAGUUCACGCAACGAUAACAAUCGUAUUUUAUUAAACAGAACAAAAAACAACCGUUUGAAGAGCAAGGGAGUAAACCAUGAGUACGAACCAUGUAAUCACAAAGGAGUAUGCGAUCCGACCUACUGCUCAUGUAUGACUCGCGACCAUACGUGCGACAAGGCGUGUUCGUGCUCACGCGACUGCCCCAAUAGAUUCCCUGGGUGUAGAUGCAGCCUUGGAAAUUGCCGAACUAAGGCGUGUCCAUGCUUCAUCGCUGCGCGUGAGUGCAAUCCCGAUUUAUGCACAACCUGUGGUGCUAGCGAAGUCGCUGCACUGGUUUUUGAUGAGGACCGCAGAUAUAUGUCCGCUGUGGACUUAGGUAUCUGUUGUAACGUUAAUAUUUUGCGUGGUCUGCACAAGAAAAUUGGUAUGGCAUACUCUACGACACACGGGUGGGGUGCUUUUGCCUUAGAACCGAUAAAGCGUGGAGAAUUUAUCUACGAAUAUCUCGGCGCGCUCCUUUCGCAAGAUGAAGCAGAAAGGCGUGGUAGCAUUUACGACAAAAUGACCAUUAGCUUUCUAUUCGACGUCAAUGAUGAUUCAGUUGUUGAUGCCAUUCGCAAGGGCAAUAAAAGUAAAUUUGCCAAUCACUCAACAGUGAACAAGAAGUGUAAAGGCAAGAUAAUGACUGUUCAAGGUGAACAUCGAAUUUCGAUUUGGGCCCAGCAAGACAUUGCUAAGGGUGAAGAGCUAUUUUUUGACUAUGGCUACCAUGGAGAAACGGCACCGGAUUGGAGCCAGCUUCGUAUUAAUGAAUCUGCGCCCUUCAAGACGAAAAAAAAGACGUUUAAGAAGGACAGAAAGAUUUAA